GGUCACACGGAAGCAGUUCGGUGUCUCCGCUUUAGUCCCGAUGGCAAGUGGUUAGCCUCUGCUGCUGAUGAUCACACCGUGAAGCUGUGGGAUCUGGCUGCUGGGAAGAUCAUGUUUGAGUUUACGGGGCAUACUGGCCCAGUAAACGUCGUUGAAUUCCACCCCAACGAGUACCUUCUGGCUUCUGGCAGCUCCGACAGGACUGUUCGAUUCUGGGACCUGGAGAAGUUUCAGGUUGUGAGCUGUAUUGAAGAGGAGACUACUCCCGUCAGGUGCAUGCUCUUCAACCCAGACGGCUGCUGCUUGUACAGCGGCUUCCAGGACUCGCUGCACGUGUACGGCUGGGAGCCAGAGCGCUGUUUCGACGUCGUCUUGGUGAACUGGGGCCAAGUAGCCGACUUAUCUAUAUGCAACAGCCAGCUGAUAGGAGUUUCCUCUGCGCAAAGCACAGUCUCUUCCUUCGUUGUGGAUCUCGGCAGAGUCACAAAGUCGGAUUCUGUUCCUCACGGGCUGAUCAGGGACGACAAGCCUCUCGUACCGCCAACAGCCACGGGGUCCUCCCUUCGCCGCAUCUACGACAGGCCCUCCACUACCUGCAGCAAGCCCCAAAGCAGAGUGAAGCACAACUCGGAGAGCGAGAGGCGCAGUCCCAGCAGUGAAGACGACCGGGAUGAGAAGGAAUCAAAGGCUGAGAUCCAGAACCCAGAGGAUUACAAAGAGAUCUUCCAGCCCAAGAACGCCAUCUGUCGAACUCCUCCUCGAAACAACGAGCCCUUCCCAGCCCCUCCUGAGGACGAGGCUGUCGCUGCGAAGGAAGCGGCCAAGCCCAGCCAAGCUGCUGAUGUCCAGAGCGCGUUGCCAAAGCAGGAACUGCCUGAUCCGGUUCAGAGGCCACCGAUUGCUGCCUCGACCCCUUUGGCCAGAACGGAGCCGUCGGUGAUUCCUGCAGCCAGGAAUGAGCCCAUUGGCCUGAGGGCCUCUGACUUUCUGCCAGCUGUGAAAAACCAAAGCCAAACCGAGCUCGUGGACGAGGAAGCCAUGUCCCAGAUCAGGAAAGGCCACGAGACCAUGUGUGUAGUGCUCACCAGCCGCCACAAGAACCUGGACACCGUGCGAGCCGUCUGGAGCACCGGCGACAUCAAGAACUCUGUGGACUCUGCGGUGGCCAUCAACGAUCUCUCCGUUGUCGUGGACCUCUUGAACAUUGUCAACCAAAAAGCGUCUCUCUGGAAGCUGGAUUUGUGUACUAUAGUCCUGCCGCAGAUUGAAAAACUGCUCCAGAGUAAAUAUGAAAGUUACGUGCAGACUGGCUGCACCUCCCUGAAACUCAUUCUCCAGAAAUUCCUGCCACUGAUCACUGACAUCCUGCCACAGAUCCCUGACAUCCUCGCGGCGCCGCCUUCCAUCGGAGUGGACAUCACCAGAGAAGAGAGGCUACACAAAUGCAAGCUGUGCUACAAGCAGCUGAAGAACAUCAGCAACAUCGUCAAGAACAAA